AUGGAAAUACCUUGUCCCACUCUUCGCAAUUUCAGUCUCCUGCUUUUCUUUGCUCUACCAGUUUUGGUGGCUGCUCAAACUGCAAAUAUUAGUUCAGGAUCACUUCUUGUUGCCUCUGACGACUCUUCACCAUGGCACUCACCUUCUAAGGAAUUUGCGUUUGGAUUUCGUCCCGUUGGUGAUCAAAAUCUCUUUCUGCUUGCCAUAUGGUUUGAUACCAUACCAGAUAAAACUAUAGUAUGGUAUGCAAAUGAGGGUAAACCAGCUCCAGAAGGAUCAAAGCUUGAGCUUGGCGUUGAUGGUCAAUUCACUCUUACUACUCCGCACGGUGAAGAGAUCUGGAAACCUUAUUCUGCUGUAUAUAAGGCUGCAUAUGCUGCUAUGCUCAACUCAGGGAAUUUCAUCAUUGCAGAUAACGAAUCUAACCAUAUUUGGGAAAGUUUCAGGAAUCCAACGGACACCAUUCUGCCAACUCAAAUAAUGGAACGUGGUGGACUGCUAUCUUCCCGGCUAACGGAGAACAGCUAUGAAAAGGGGAGGUUCCAGCUCCGCUUGCUUCCAGAAGGCAAGCUUGUGCUCAAUCCCAUUGCCCUGCCAACAGAGAAAGCCUAUGAUGCUUAUUAUAUCAGUGACACAUAUGAUCCUGCUAAUGACACGAAUUCUGGUUUUCAGUUGGUUUUUAAUGAAUCGGGUUACCUUUAUAUAGUUCGGAGGAAUGGAAACAUUAAAAACCUCACAUCAGGAUCGAUUUCCUUGCCGCAAGAUUUCUAUUACAGGGCAACACUUGAUGUUGAUGGGGUUUUCACACAAUAUGCCCACCCUAAGUCCCCAACAGAAGGAAACAUCUGGGUUCAAUCCUGGACCCCUGUUUGGUUUGAGCCCAAAGACAUUUGCUCUGACAUCAAAGGCGACCUUGGUGGUGGUGUUUGUGGGCUUAACAGCUACUGCACACUUCAAUCCAAUGGAAGACCCAACUGCCAGUGCCUUCCUGGAUUCUCCUUAUUAGAUCAGGAUGACAAAUUAAGUGGCUGUAAGCAAGACAAUGUACAAAGAUGUGAUCCGACUGCUCCAAACCCAGAGGAAUUAUAUGAAAUAACAGUGCUGUCAAAUUUAGUUUGGCGCACUUCAGCAAACUAUGAAGAGCUUCAACCAUCAAAUGAAGUAAAUUGUCGUGAUGCGUGUAUUUCUGAUUGCAAUUGUGUAGUUGCUAUCACUUAUAGUGGGAGGUGCUGGAAGAAGAAAUUGCCUCUCUCAAGUGGGAAGGUGGAUAUUAGUACCUAUGGAAAGGUUUUUGUCAAAAUACCAAAAGCUAAUCAUACUUCAAGAGAACUUCCUUCUUCGGAAAACAUCAAUAUGAAGGAAGAUCAAGCAACUGCAGUCCUAGUUAUAUCAAUUCUAUUGGGGGGCUCAGUGUUUCUCAACUUGCUAUUCAUGGCGGCUAGCUCAAUAGCCUUCUUUUGCUCGUACCACAAAAGACAGACACUCACCGAAGUGUCAAGCAUUUUGGAAACAAACUUGCGUUCUUUCACUUUUGAAAACCUCAAAAAAGCCACAGAGGGGUUCCGGGAUGAACUAGGAAGAGGUGCCUUCGGAACUGUAUACAAGGGGAUCUUAUCAUCACCAAGUUCAACCACUUUAAUCGCUGUCAAGAAAUUAGACAAUCUGUUACAAGAUGGAGAGAAAGAAUUUGUAGCAGAAGCAAGAGCAAUAGCCAUGACCCAUCACAAGAACUUGGUGAGGUUGCUUGGCUUCUGUGACGAAGGCCAACAAAAGCUUUUGGUUUACGAGUUCAUGAGCAAUGGAACUUUAGCUAGUUUCCUCUUUGGAAUUUCAAGACCCGACUGGAACAGACGCGUCCAGAUAGCGUUUGGAAUCGCCAGAGGGCUUGCUUACUUGCAUGAUGAAUGUGGCACACAGAUCAUUCAUUGUGAUAUUAAGCCCCAAAACAUACUUCUGGAUGACUCCUUCACUGCAAGAAUCUCAGACUUCGGGCUGGCGAAACUUAUUAUGAAUGGACAAACUCGAACCCUUACAGCCAUCAGAGGGACUAGAGGCUAUGUAGCACCGGAGUGGUUCAGGAAUAUGCCAAUUACAGCAAAGGUGGAUGUGUAUAGUUUUGGGGUCAUGUUACUGGAGAUUGUUUUCUGUAGAAAGAGCUUAGAAACGGAAAGAGAGAAUGAGGAGGAAGUGAUACUCGUUGACUGGGUCUAUGACUGUUACAGAUACCGAAGAUUAGAAAUGCUAGUGGAAAACGAUGAGGAGGCAAAGAUUGACAUGAAAAGGUUGGAAAGGUUGGUUAUGGUGGCAAUUUGGUGCAUACAAGAGGAUCCAUCUCUAAGACCUUCAAUGAAAAUGGUCACACAGAUGCUUGAAGGAGUUGUUCAAGUUUCCGUGCCUCCAUGUCCAUGCCCUUUUAGUUCAUUUUGUUAA